GAGCCAGACAGCAGGUGCUUUGGGAUUGUUUGCUGUGUACCUUGUCUCUGUGCCUGAGAGUGGGCAUUGUGGAGGAAUGUGUGAUGACAGCAGAUGUCUCACCAGCUGUGAUCCUUGGUCACCCCACACGAGCAUUUCCACUCCUGUUCCUAGAUGAGUCAUAUUGCUGCCUUUUCACUAUAUGAACUGGAAUCGUGACGGUUAAACAGACCCCCAACCGACUAUCUGAGGCAGAAGUGCCAGCCCCAGGGCAAGCAGGGUUCAGAGAAUGUCCCGGUGUGAACUAUUCUAAUACCACAUUUUGAAUCCAAGCUAAUCACUGAGAAACCCGAGAAGUGGUAUGAGCUGCCCCCAUACACCUGGUCCCCUGCCCAUACGACUCGCAUGGACUCUGGGAUCAGAUCCACCCCUUGACUACCAGCCACCCCUGUGAUCCUUGCCUCUGGUGGUUGCUGUUGGCUUCUCUCCAGGAUGUGUGUGGGGAUCUGCAGCUGACAGUCGUGGGAGCUCCCAAAGGUGCCUGGCUGUUUCUUGGGAGCCCCACUUUGGAAUCUGCCAGUCCCAGCGCACUGGGGUGGGCUGAGGCCGACCAUGCCCAGCCUGCUGUUGCUGUUUACUGUGGCUCUGCUCUCCAGCUGGACCCAGCUACUGACAGAAGCCAACUCCUGGUGGUCAUUAGCUAUGAACCCAGUGCAGAGACCCGAGAUGUUUAUCAUUGGUGCUCAGCCUGUGUGUAGUCAGCUACCGGGGCUCUCCCCUGGCCAAAGAAAGCUGUGCCAACUGUACCAAGAGCACAUGGUCUACAUUGCAGAGGGGGCCAAGACGGGCAUCAGGGAGUGCCAGCACCAAUUCCGGCAGAGGCGGUGGAACUGCAGCACAGUGAACAAUACGUCUGUCUUCGGCAGAGUCAUGCAGAUAGGCAGCCGGGAAACUGCUUUCACCUAUGCUGUGAGUGCUGCAGGUGUGGUCAAUGCCAUCAGCCGGGCUUGCCGUGAGGGUGAGCUCUCCACGUGUGGCUGCAGCCGGACAGCGCGGCCCAAGGACCUGCCCCGGGACUGGCUGUGGGGUGGCUGUGGGGACAAUGUGGAGUACGGCUACCGCUUUGCCAAGGAGUUUGUGGAUGCCCAGGAGCGGGAGAAGAACUAUGCCAAGGGGUCAGAGGAGCAGGGCCGCGUGCUCAUGAACUUGCAGAACAACGAAGCAGGUCGAAGGGCUGUGUAUAAGAUGGCAGAUGUCGCCUGCAAGUGCCAUGGCGUCUCGGGGUCCUGCAGCCUUAAGACCUGCUGGCUCCAGCUGGCCGAGUUCCGCAAAGUGGGGGACCAGCUGAAGGAGAAGUAUGACAGUGCAGCUGCCAUGCGGAUCACCCGCAAGGGCAAGCUGGAGCUGGUCAACGGCCGCUUCAACCCACCCACCCCGGAGGACCUGGUCUACGUGGACCCCAGCCCGGACUACUGCCUGCGCAACGAGACCACGGGCUCCCUGGGCACCCAGGGCCGCCUCUGCAACAAGACCUCGGAGGGCAUGGACGGCUGUGAGCUCAUGUGCUGUGGCCGCGGCUACGACCAAUUCAAGAGCGUCCAGGUGGAGCGCUGCCACUGUCGGUUCCACUGGUGCUGCUUUGUCAAGUGCAAAAAGUGCACCGAGAUUGUUGACCAGUACAUCUGUAAAUAGCCAGGAGGCUCCGCUCCUCUGACACUGUCCUUCACUCUGCCUCACAAGAGUCUGUAUUAUAUAAAUCUAUAUAAAUAUAUUUUAUAUUUGUAUAAAUAAAUGGCUAGGUGAUAAAUAACCAAGAGAAGAAAAUGGAAAGGAAAGCCUAUUUAAGAGAACUUGGCCACCUGCGAGGCCUGGGCUUUGCUGGACCUCUACUCCCAGUGGGAAGGAGAAAGGUUUUAUUUCCGUCUCCCUGGAGAGGACUCUCAGGAUGUAGGAUGUGGAAAUACUUCCUGUCUAUCCACCACCGCCUUGAGGAGCGAGGUACUGGUUGGAUGGAGGAGAUUACUUUGAUCUUGCCUGGAAGACAGGAGGCUGCUAGAUUGAUGGUUUCCUGUGACCCCACUCUCGGGGUCCCUGUGGAAGGUGGGGGGUCUCCGCCUAACCCUGAUGGCUUCAGGGUCUAGCCCAGAACACAACUUGGCCCAGGAAGGAGCCCAGGGCUUUCUUGCUAUUAUCUGGGUGCACAUUUGCAAAACCCACACUGGCAGAAAUACCUCCUUCCCAGCACAAGGAGAGGGAGAGAUUGAAGUCACCCUAACCCAGCGACUCCCAGGCCUGUCCUAGCGAGAACCCUCCAUGGUUCGUAGCUCCUGCACCAAGAGGAAAGGGGGUCAUCUGACCUGCCAUGGCACGAGAGGGGUGAGCUGGGUGUUUGUGCCUGGGCUGCAGGAACUGGGACUAAGUGAACGUUGCACUGUCCUCCCGUACGGGGAGAGGAAACUGCUGCUGCUGCUGCUGCUGCUUUCAUCUGUCAAGGGACAUAUAUGUAAUAGAUAUAUGUCAGUGGACUAUAACACGUGUCGCCAGGUCAGAGAGCCUGGCAUGCUCUCGUCUCUGUCCAGAUGUCCAGUUACCCUCUGUAUUAAAUACCCUUCA